CACCGCCACAGUGCGUGCGGAUGCGGGGAAGAUGGAGGAGGAGGCAGGAGCUGUCUGAGGACACAGAGAUGCGGAUUAUGGAGGCUUGCGCCGUCAAAUGAGCAAAGGCCAAAGACACGGGGACGAGCACAGUUCGGGACUCUGAAAGAGCGCGUCCCGGCGGCAUCUCUAUAAAUACAGCGGUCAUCUCAUUUAACAGUUCGUUUCUUAAAGAGCGUGCGGGAAGGUUUCGCAAUCGGACAUCAAGUACGGUAUUUCCAUAUAAUAAUUCUCAUAAACAAGAACGAGGAAUGUGGAAAACGGGGAUGGUUGUCGCUGAUUGUCAAUGCGGAGGAUGGAGAAAGCGAUCGAGGGAUAAUAAACAUGAGCCUGAAGUGCUUUAGUGCUCGCGGGGAUUUGGGAAUUUGCGCAUUCUGUGCGUUAUGACGCCAUAACAGAACCGAUCCGACACUUGACGCGUUCUGAAGUAAACGAACGGAUUCGAUCGCCUGGAAGAUGAGGGUUCCGCGUCUGCUUCUGUUGUCAUGGGCAUUAGUGGCCCUUCUGCCGGUCCCCUGCUCCGGCGCAGUGCUGCUCCGCGUCCCUCUGCGGCAGGGGCCCCUCUCACAGACCGCGGCCCCCCGGGGCCCCUCCAGCUCCGCCCGCACACGCAGAGGAGCCAGUGCGGUCAAUUUUGUCAACAUGAUUGACAACCUUCGCGGAAAGUCAGGACAAGGGUAUUACAUCGAGAUGGCUGUGGGCACACCGCCUCAGAAGCUGAACAUCCUGGUGGAUACGGGCAGCAGUAACUUCGCGGUCGGCGCCGCCGCUCACCCGUUCCUCCACAGAUACUACCAUCGCUCGCUCUCGUCGUCGUACAGAGAUCUGGGCCGCAGCGUGUAUGUGCCGUACACACAGGGCCGCUGGGAGGGCGAGCUGGGCACGGACCUGCUGUCCAUUCCUCACGGGCCCAACGUGUCUCUGAGGGCCAACAUCGCCGCAAUCACCCAGUCUGACCGCUUCUUCAUCAACGGGUCCAACUGGGAGGGCAUCCUCGGGCUGGCCUACGCCGAGAUCGCCAGGCCGGACGAGACUCUGGAGCCGUUCUUCGACUCUCUGUUGAGGCAGACCAGCGUCCCAGACGUCUUCUCCCUGCAGCUCUGCGGAGCGGGGUUCACCCAGAACUACAGCGCCGGCAGCUCCACUGUAGGGGGCAGUAUGAUUAUUGGGGGAAUAGAUCCGUCCUUGUAUGUUGGUGAGCUGUGGUACACACCAAUCAGACGAGAGUGGUAUUAUGAGGUCAUCAUCGUGCGCAUCGAGGUCAACGGACAGGAUCUCAAUAUGGACUGCAAAGAAUAUAACUAUGAUAAAAGUAUCGUGGACAGCGGCACCACAAACCUGCGUCUCCCUCGUAAAGUGUUCCAGGCGGCUGUGAAGGCCAUCGAAGCGGCUUCAUCGACUGAACAGUUUCCCUCAGGUUUCUGGCUGGGCGAGCAGCUGGUGUGUUGGCAGGCGGGCACCACACCCUGGCACAUCUUCCCUGUCAUCUCUCUCUACCUGAUGAGCGAAAACAGAAACCAGUCUUUCCGCAUCUCCAUCCUGCCACAGCAGUAUCUGAGGCCGGUGGAGGACGUGGCCUCGGCUCAGGAGGACUGUUAUAAAUUCGCUGUGUCUCAGUCCAGUACUGGUACAGUAAUGGGUGCCGUCAUCAUGGAGGGCUUCUAUGUGGUGUUCGACCGAGAGCACAAGCGCAUCGGCUUUGCGGUCAGCACAUGUCACGAUUUCAGCGGCAAGCAAUCUGCGUGUCCACACCAGAUGCAACGCGACAGAAUCAGUCAAAUAUCUCAGCCAAUCAGAAGCUUGGGUGGGCGGAGCCUCUCUGGAAGCACACUGCACUCGUAACGAAAUGGAUAAGUUUAUGAUCUAAUUCAUAAAUAUUAAAGCUUUUUAACAUCAUUAAAUGUACAUACUGAGUGACUGAUAACAUCUUUAUGGAAUACGUGCAUUGGUUCGCAGCGAGUUCACAGUUUUAACAGUCAUCUUUGCUUUCAUUUAUUUUCAACAUCUGAGGUAAACUAUCUGUUGUUGCUUUCAGUAUGGCUAUAAGGUCACGCAAAAUGAUAUUCAAACUCACAUUAGACACAUUUAACUUGAAUAAGGCACAUAAUCACCUGAGAUUAUCACCGUCAUAGUUUGUGUGUUGUUGUUCAUGCCAUGACGUUGCAGAAAUAGAAACCAUUUCUAAAUUAGAAAUUGUGUGUUGCCGUCGUGUGUACUUAGGACAAAACCUCUGAUUAACAUGGAAAACAUACAUUUUAUCGCAUGUCGCGACAUCACUAAAAUAAAUUAAAUUAAAAAAUAAAUACAAUGAGAUUUGCAAAAUAAAAAACAUAUUCACACAUAUCUUUAUAUGUCACAAACACAACUCUGCCUGGCAUUCAUUUGUGAAUCGCAGCACGCACUCGUGGAUUUCAAAACAUUUCUAGCAUCAAAAUGUGCUGACAAAUCCACAAAAAGGUGGACUACUCAAGCCAAUCAGAUAACAGCUACAUUGCACUGACCAAUUGUAGCAUGUUCUCAUUAUAACCAAUAAUGUUUUGUUUUACAAUCAGGGUGUUCUCGCCCUGAAAUAACUAUGUUUAACCAAUUUAAAUUUGGGAUUUUGUUAGACCAUUAGACUGUGUAUCAAGCCAAGCCACAGUAUUAUAUUUUAAAUGCCUUUGAAAUGUCCAAAUCCUUAGAGAAACAGCACUCUCUGUUAUGGGAUCAACACUAUCUUGGAUACAGAUGUCUAUACAUGAUAUUUUGUCCAAUAUUGGUGUAAGUAGUGCAAACGUGGAGUGCUCCAGAAGUAGAACGGGUCGUCUGUUUACUGCCAGUAACUCGUCGUCCAGCAUAGACAGUAUCGAUUAUAUGUAUGAUUAUAAUGUGUUGUAUUUGCUUUUUGCUUAUUGAUGCUUUUGCUGUGUUACGUCGCACCACUCGUGUCAGAUUCCUGAUUAUAACACUCUCUCUACACCUAUGAAUGAUUAUAAUUUGUGUAUAUUCCUGAGGUUAUCCUGAUUUACUGAUCCUGAUGGAAAGAUGAAGAAGCCUUAAAGGGGUCUUGAUUUGUAAACAAAUCUGCGGUAAAAUGGAGUGAACAAAGGACCAAGUUGUUAACGCAGUCUGGAUCUUCAUUAAAAAUAAAGUUUCUAACUCUUUCCUAACGUUGGGAUCAGAAGGAAGGUAAUGCAAAGUUUUUCCACAGCUUCGCACUGAACAGCGUCUUCAGAGCAUCUUUAUUGUUCGGUUUCUGCACAGACCUGCGUUUGCUGCUCUCUUACACUACAUACAUGAAUCGGUGGGCGGGGCUAAACAGGCAGCUAGGUAGAAGCAGGUGUUGAUCUUCUGCGGCGGCGGUGCUUAUCCACACUAUUACAUCAUAGAGUAUAACCUACCCUUUCAAGGAAAGUCCGUUCACUUGGCCGCCAUAUUUGCAACACCUCCGGGCAGCUCAAACAAGACCAAUCCUAUCUAAAUGAAUGGGGGAAUCCUGAAAUCUCUAAAACUGCUUGCUGAACUCGUGAUUAAAUUACACAUUUCAAAUCAGCAGCAAAAUCUGAAAUUAACUGUCCCAUGAAUGUUGUUUCUUAUGCUCAAAUAGCAUUUAAAAAGCUUAUUUUUCAGACCAGCCAAUGCGCAUGCGCUUAUGACUGUGCAUGCGCAGCUGCUGGUCCAGCCCCAGGUUUCUAUGGGAACCGGAGCGUCUUAACGGCUUCUGCAGUGAUGCAAUGACUUUACCAAUCAAUGAUUGGCUCUUUCAUUUAGAAGGCAGGUCUAUCCCGCCAUAUUGCACGUUGCAGUUUCUCCUAUUCAUAAGUAUAGGAGUGAACAUCUUUGUAUUUCUAUAGUCUUUGGUACAAUAUUCCAAACACUGUCAUUUUGGCAGACUGGCUUCAAUAUAAGCUUUAGUUUUUAGACUAACAAGAAAGUUCUGAAACUUACAGGAUGUUUGUAUAGUACAAUUACCUCUUAUAGGUUAAAAAGAUCAAGGAAAUUUUGAUUCCUCAGUUCAUAAUCCCUUUAAACUCCAAUAACCUUUUGGACAUAUGGUUUUUUAACCACGCAAACAGCACUUGAGCUCAAUUUAUUCAGCUCAAAGGGCCAUAUAGUGUAGUUCCUUUCAGGAGAGCAAAAUGAAUCUGUUCCCAACCCCCCUGAUUGUAAAGCAAAAUAUGAUUGGUUGUAGCGAGAACAUCCUACGACUGGUCAGCGCAACAUAGAUAGGCAUUAUCUGAUUGGAGUAGACGGUGUGUGGAGUCCAGUGGCGCCUGCAGGUGUACGGCUGGACGCACUGUGCGUACCAUGAGCGCUCAGACUGACCUGAGAUUUGCAGCAGUAAAGUAUAGGCCCGUGUGCCCCGUAUUUCUGUCGACUGAACCAGCCAUGCCAUUAAUAAUGAAUGUAUCAGUCUUUUGCAUGCCAAAGUCCAUUUCUGCUUAUAAACAUUACGUCAAAUAGAAAGAGAAAAUCGUGCUACACACACUUUCAUGAGAUUGGGUUAGACUACAACAAUUAAUUUGUAGCCUAUUUUACAAAUGGGAAUACAACGAAUUCAUGACAAUGUUUUACAUUCAAGCUACCCGUAAAAUUUAUAGUGAAAAGUUCUUUAAAAUCAUCUGGAAUGUAAUAAAGUCAUUUUUAAAGCUGUUUUUAAAGCAUUUGCCACAUGGAUUAAAAAAUAGGCUAAAAAAUAAUUCACAUAUCAGAUAAAAUUGCAUUGCAGAAAAUCCUUUAAAUUUUAAAAAGUCCAGAAUUCAGAGCAACAUAAAAAUCAGAAAAAAAAUAUAAUCGGGCCUGUUUUAGGCUUUUCCUUAUUUUUAUAUUUUAGACGGUGAUGAAAAAUGACUCGCCAUCUCUUCAUUGGACGCGCCUUUAGAGAGAAAUGCAUCUUUACGGAUUACAUAAUGAAAGAGUUUUUGUUUUCGAUUUGAAUUAUUUCAUUUAAAGUAGUAAUUUAAAGCUUUCUAUAGAUAUAUUUAUCAUAUUUGUGACCCUUUCGAUUCAUCAUUGUGAAGACGAGACGGAAAGCGCAUCCUCUGUUUUCCUUUUUAUUUUAUAAAAGCACAACGUUUUGCUGAUAUUGUGAAUGCACACAAAUAACAGUAGACCCUUUACAGUUCCGAAUGAUGUAUUACUCUUACCUUUAUCAACAAAAAUUACAGCGUAUUUUAAGCUGUUUCCACUAUCAAGAAAAAAAUGCAAGUGACCGCUCUGGUGCCUAGCGCACAUUUGUAUAGUUCAAACGUUUAAACUAACAUUGUGAUAUGCUUGAACUGUUUAUAUCUAUAGAUUUUAUUUUAGGCAAGUCGUGAUGAUUUGAGAAGGCUAAAUUGAUCAAACAUAAGCUACGAUCAGCUCACUGUCUGCCGCUGGCCGCUUGGUCGUUACUUAACCCCAUAUACCCCACACACAAAAUGUCUGAAUGUUAUUGAUCUCAAUAAUAAAAUAUUGUGUCUGUCAUGUAUCUUAAAGAAAAGCAGACACGCUUUUAAAGUGAAGUUAGUUUGAGAAAUGCUCAAGUGUCAUUUGUUUGCAGGUGAUAUUUGAGAUUUAUUGUAGCUUCUAUCUGUGUAAUGACAUUCAGACAUGUCUAGGCAUGCCUUAAACCGAUUGGAAGAGCCUAGUGAUCCUGAAGACUGGAUUGGCUGCUUCAGGUGUGUUUACCUGGAGCAGCACUAGACACCCAAGGAUUAAGUAGCUUUGGGGUCACUGUAUUUAAAGUGAUUUAAUAAUCAGUGGAAUUAAUGUUGUGUUUCAUUUCAGCAACAACACCAGUAAUAAAUACAGAGUAAUAUUACAUUGUGGAAUUAAGUUGUUUGUUCAGAGGCUUAGCAAGAUAACUGGGACACUCUACAAUGCAAAAACAUUACCCUAACUCUAACAACAACAAUGUCAUGCAGCUUAAAAAACAGACAGCAUCCAGACAUCCAGGAUGUUUUAUUACAGUAAUGAGAAUUUUAUGAGAUUCAUGAAUGAGUUGUCACCUACCUUAUUUUUGUUGAUGUUGUUUGUUAAUUCUCCUGCGCUCUAGUCCACGAUGAGUUCCGCACCGCCGCAGUGGAGGGGCCGUUCCAUGGCGUGGACCUUGAGGACUGUGGCUACAAUGUCCCUCAGACCGACGAGUCCACAUUGAUGACCAUCGCCUACAUUAUGGCGGGCAUCUGUGCCCUAUUU